AUGAGCCAACAAAUUAAAGCAUGGACGUUCACUCAUGGAGGGUUUCCGAAUGCGCUGCAACAAUCGGGACUUCCAGCCGACGUAGCACCACUCAAGCCAUCAGAGAUUCGUGUCCGAGUCAAAGCAGCAGCCCUUAACCCCGUCGAUAUUCGGAUAAUGGGAAUCCCCUUAUGGCCAUAUAUCCCAAGUUCCGUUUUCCCGGCUCGCAAGGGAGUCGGCGAGGACUUCUCGGGCGUGGUGGAGGAGGCAGGAAAGGAUUCCGGCUUCAAGCCUGGCAACGAGAUCUUCGGCAUCAUCCCAUACCUCCCCGGAGGCACCCUCCAAGAGACAGUCAGAAUCGACACGCAUUCCAAGGGAUCGAUAGUACUCCCGAAGCCGGCCGACUGGUCCUGGGAACAGGCCGCCGCGCUCCCACUCGUGUGGCUGACGGCCCAAACGACCAUCGCCGCGGUCGCGCCCCAUGUCAAGAACGGGAGGGUCGUCAUCCUGGGCGGCAGCUCCAGCUCCGGGAUGUACAGCGUCUAUCUGGCGAAACAGCGCGGCUGGGCGGUGACGGCGACGUGUUCCGGUCGGAAUGCGGACUUUGUCCGCGGCAUGGGUGCGGACGACAUCGUCGACUAUACGACCACGAGCGUGCCCACGAAAGUCAAGGCGUUUGACCCCGAUGCCAUAAUCGACUACGUCGGAGGGACAGAGUGUGUUGGCCUCGCCAGGAGAUAUGCGACCGUCGUCGGCGACAAGACGAAUCGCAUGGCCAUGGGCGGCCGGAACGUGUACUUGUGGAACCCCCGGAUGAUCCUGCGCGCUCUUCUGGGACGGCUAGGGCUGGGGCUUUCUUACACAUGUAUCGAUCUCGAGUUCAAGGCCGCAUACUUGGAGGACCUUCUGCUCCUCCCCAAGGACAAGAUUACCAUCGAUAGCACAUUUGACUUUGACCAGGUUGUGGAGGCUUACAAGAAGCUUAACACGGGACGGACAAGGGGAAAGGUGGUGAUUAAGGUCGCUACGUAA